AGUACGCGUCGCAUAGGGUCCGAGGUCGGGUCUGCGCUGGACACUCCUUUUGGCCUCUCCUCUAGACCCGAGUCAGACUCUCACAUCCUGUGGCUGAGCAAUCCCCAUCGACGCGUCAUCCCGGGCCUCGUAAGCCUCUGCCCUCCGCUAUAAGUCCAGACAGUUCGCUUCUUCCGGGAUCACCGCAGACUUCCUCAGAUCCAUCAUGGAUGACGAGGACAUGUCCGUGCCCGACUCCCCCAUGUGGGAGUCCGGCACCCAGUCCCCUGGCCAGUCUGCGUUCGAGAGACAGAAGGCAUCCCUCCGGACAUACCUUGAAGCUCUUCCGUACAAGUGUGAAUCUAUGGAGGAAAUGCAAGAGAAACUGGAAUACAUUCUUGCACGGAUUAGCAUCUGUGCUGAGACCAAGAACUGGCUGGUCCUCACCACCUGGGAUGGCAUGCUACAAUGCUGGCUGCUUAUGCACUAUCCGAUGCCUAAAACCACCCGUGCGAAGCUUGUCCGUCUCUACUACGAGCUUUGUCUAUUACCGGGAGUUGAACCGCGCGUUACUCGGGCGUGGGCGGAUAUGCUUGCCCGCUUGCUCUCCAAGAAACCGGAGAACAGGCGCAAGUUAGAGAUCGCUGACUUGCAGCUCCCAUGGCGCCCUCUGUGGCGUGUCUUGCAGAAAGAGCUGUGGCCCAAGAAAAGGCUGCACGAUUCUUCGCGAAAUAUGAUAAACAUUCUGCUAUUUGUUGCUGAACAGUGCAGAAGGUAUUUCCCUGCGAGUGAGAUACCCGACAUGCUGGACGCUUUCCUGCCACUGCUCACUAAGGAGACUGUCUUGACCAUGGUCCCUGUGAUCACAUCCUUUGUUCCUCCAACCCACAUUCAUCUUUAUCUCCCUUGUCUGUUCAAAAUCUGGGAGGCGUUCAAUUCUUCCGUCAUUGACGAUAGGUUGAUAGAGCUAUGUGGCGAUCUGUCCGAGGAACAUGUCGCCGGUAAGUGCGGCGAUGCAGGAGAAGAAGGUGGUGCUGCAUGGAAAGACAUCGGUAUAUGGAACGAGGAGGAAUGGCGAGUGCUGACAGGGAAAGCUCUCUCUUCCAUGAAUGUUCCAGUUGGCGUAACCAAAGGAGCAAGCACAACUGCGUCGCAUGCAGAUGCUUUGGGUGAUAAACAAUCUUUGCGGAUCAAGAAGCCUACAAGCAGAGCCAGCGCUCUGGCCAAAUUGUUCGUGUACUCAAUGUGCCUGGAUGGCCCAAUACGGGAAACGAGCGAUGGCUCUCACACAGACUCCCUACUCGCUCCGCAAGCAGAAGGAUAUCUCGCCGGGUCUCGAGCGCUUGACGCUUUAGACAAGCUUAUCACAAGCACGGAGUCUUACUUUCAUCCGUCAAAUUCCGGCCCUUGGAGUCUAAGUCUGACGCUGUUCUUGCAUCGUGUGACGUCUGAAUUUUCAAAGCGAUGGAAAGAGGAGCAAGAACCGACAUGCAAGACACCUACGACCCGUCGUCUCACCCCGGACAUUCGUCGAGCCUUCGUGACAUCACUGCGGACUGCGGCCCUUUUAGCAAUGUUCGCCAAGGACCCGUUCUCUAUGAGUUAUGCACAGGCCUCGUUGAGGUCUAUGGCACUUAUUGAUCCGAGGUUGAUCAUGCCGGAGCUAUUGGAGCGCGCAUACAAUGGCUUAGAGAUCAUCAAUGAAACUCAUCGUACGACCGCAGUGUUGACGAUGCUUGCAGCCGUGGCCCAUCCUCUAGUUUCUGAGAAGGCAUGGCUCGGAGGUCAGAAACACGUUGUCCCUCUUCUGGAGCUGUCCGUUCCUGGCAUUGAUCUCAACGACCCGAUCAAGACUCUAUGCGCGACAAUGUUCAUAUCCUCAGUGGUGCAAUUCAUCAAGAUCGGUGAUAUCUCGAUGCAGCAGGCAGGUGUUCCGCUCACAGGUGACGCACCCUCCGAAGACAUGAUGGAGGUCGAUGCGUCCGAAGCUGAACGGUUGCCUGAUUCCAUCGGGAGUUCAACGAUGUCCAUCGGGAGCAGAGAGGAGGAGCGUGUGCUCGCAAGAGAGAGCACGUCCGGAUUCACAGACUGGGUGGUAUCGCUCUUUCGACGUGUCUUCGCACUGUAUGAGAACCUACCAGAAGAGGGUGGAAAGCGCCACAUCGCUGGAGGCAAGAUGGAAGAGGGCGUGCUGAAAUCUGUCAAGGCUAUGCUCGACGUUGUCUGCCAGAAUCUAUCAGAUUCGCUCUUCGAUCUAGUCCUGAAGAUCGUUUACGAAUAUGCGACUACAAAUGCGAAGUCCAAUGCGGUUAGAGCGUUCGGCCAGCUUGUCUCAUGCCUCGCUCGUGUCCAUCCUGAGAAGACAAUCGACAAGUUCCUACCAUUCUGCACGGCGCAAAUACAGGAAGAGCUGAAGCAUGGAGCAUCAAGUGUACGGACGACUUCCAUACAUAAUUCCAUACCGUCGGACACGACACUGCACUGGAACAUGUCCAUAUUACGCGGAUGCCUCGAUAGUGGUGGCGUUGCGCUCCUGAAGCAUAAAGCACAGUUGAUGGAACUAAUGAAGCUCCUCGUCGAGAAAACGAAGAGCGAACGAGGAUACAGUAGCACCGGCCGGUUGUUGAACCGGGUGGUCAAUAGUCUAACAUCUAUUUAUCCGGUGAAUAGUCGUUUUGUGAACGCUGAAGAAUGGAGCAUGCCGGACUUCGAGCGGGACCACCUAUCGUACUGGGGACACCUGUACGAGCCUCAGGAAGUCAAGAUCGAAUGGCACGUCCCCACGCCGGACGAGAUUGACUUCGUCCUCGAUAUACUGGAUCAAAUCGUAUCUCCUGCACUCGACAAGGUGGAAGGUCUUGUUGAUACCGCAGGCAGCUGGGAUGAGGUUGCACAUAAUGACUUCUGCCGCUAUCUGCACACCGCGAGAUCUACCUGGAGUGGCCUCCCGACACUGUUCCAAGAGGGCCCAAAGAUGGUGGAGAAUCCAUGCCUCAACGAGAGCUUCGAACUAGCGGAGCUCCUCGUGACUCCCCUUAGCGUUCAGGCCGGUUUCGCACUCACCGAUCCCGAAGAUCCGCGAUAUAAGAAAGCAUCAGCCCAUCGCGCUAGAUAUGGCAAAGCAAUACACCGCGCAGCUGUGGCCCUGCGGCAGCCGAAUCAGGGCGAAGAUCAUAUCGACGCUGCCGUCAACGUGUCCAAAUCCAUCGAUGUGUUUUUGCUCGAUUAUGCGAUGACAAGAAGUCGCUUCGAUUCUUUGCGCAAGUCGUACGCGCAAGCGAGAGAUUCCACACGCAUGUGGGCCAAGCAGAGAACGAGCGUGCGGGCUGUGCUGGUCAAGCGUGCAUAUUCGUAUCAUGCUGGCAGAGUCUAUAUGCGUGCUCUAUAUCGCCGUCGUUCUCAGCUCGAUGACGAUCUCCUUCGCGACCUAAUCGAGAUGUCGCUUUCUCCCUACACUAGACUAAGAAGGAAUGCGCAAGCGGUUCUGCACAACGCUUGUGGGUAUUUUGUCCGGUCUACCAGGCUGAGCUUGCCGCCCUUGUUCGGAGCUCUUGCAAAGGGAUCCGAUCCUGAUCGCAUGAAAGGAGCUCUACACGUUCUUUGGAAUAAGGGCACGGCUGCGUACGCGCUUGCUGACGUGAACUUCUCUGGGCAGUACCUGCUUUCGUUGUUGAAUUGCCAACAUCAGGAGAAGCCCUCCGUACAGCAACUUGUCAGCAAUCUGGCGCAAGACGCGCUCAUAUAUCUCACGGAGGAAGCGGUCCACACGGAUGCCUUCCUUGAAGAUAUCCCCGGCGUUCUCACCGCUUUGACAGACCUGAAGCAGGAAUAUCACCCGACUCAGGAAGAUGCUAAACUGCUGACGGAGGCGACUUCGACCACUAGCGUUCGCGCUAUGUCAAAAAAUCAGCGAUAUGCCGAGACAGUGUCUGCAGUUCUGGAACUUGCAUCUAAGCCUACCACCCAUUGGCGAUACGUCGAGAUGGCCGUCAGCUUCCUAUAUGGAUUGUUGAGGAGGGAUGUUAGCCCGUCUGCUGAGCUGGCAAAGUUUUUGAUGCAACAUGCCUUGAACCCACAUCCUAUAACGAGAGUUACCGCGCAGAAAGCUCUUACUAGGUUAACCUCCUACAUCAAAAUCCGGACAUUUGCCAAGUCCAGCGAGGAGCUUUGGCUGGACGAAUGGGCUAAUCCUCUACAAGUCAAGAUUGCUGUCAAUGAUCCUCAACGCUUUCUUGAAAGUCUGGAACGCCCUAUCGAGUUGCCUGGUAACAACGAGCAAGUGUAUCAAUUAUUUAUAGACAAGAUCAAUACCGGAUUUCUUGCUUGGUCUCCGACUGUGAAAGCCUAUCGACCGGUUCCUGAAGGCGAGACAGCAUUUUCAUGGGAAUUGCUAUCCAGACCAGCAUUGGAUGCGAUGAAGGGGUUUAUAAGAAGCCAGACUUUCUAUGUCAAGCUUGCCAUGCUUUGGUCUCAAGAAUCCAGCAAGGCCACUGGAACGCCUGAAAUGCGAGCGGACAAUAUAACGUUUAUGAAGUCACUUGCCAAGACAUUUGAGCACUAUGAGCUUGAUACGAUCUUUGAAGUGAUCGAUCCUCUGCUUGUGGAGGCUGACCGUUUCAAACAGCGUGCUGGCGCCGAAAUGCUCGCUGGGCUACUACGAGGUUCCAAACAUUGGCCAAAGCAAUGGUCUGAUAAACUGUGGACAUGGACCGCGGAGCGUUUACAGCACAUCUACAUGAAUACUAGGCCGGAUACUGUCAGUUUCUGGGAGGCAACCUUCAGUGAGCAAUUGGUUGAUAGGGAUCCUCGAAGAGCGAAACCGGUCAUUCAAUGGAUUUUGUCCCUGCCACUGGAUUUCCAUGGCGAUUCCGCAUUUGAUAUGAGCAAGUCACUCUCGCUCUUGAACGUCGUGAUAGAUGGUAUGGGUCUGCGCUUUUUGCCUCUAUGUGAUAGAUAUAUGCACGCAUUUCUUGAUAACGCCAACACCGGGUUCGCUGAGAUACGGGCACUGCUUGCGCAGAACCUGUACGCAAUGAUCAUCAUCCAAUGGCAGCCCACGUACCCUUCAGCGAAGGCCUUCCUGGACGCUUGCCAGUCUCAGCACGACCCAUUACGAAUACGAGAGGCGAGGUACAUGGAUCGCAUCCUACAUAUAGCCAAAGAACUGCCCAAAUGGAAGGAGGAACGUCUCCCUCCGCCAAGAGUAACGCAGUCACAGUACGACAAAGUCGGACUGACCAUGCUCCAGUGGAUCUGGGAGUUCUCGCAUGGUCCACAAGCUGCGUUGAUCCUUCCCUAUGCCGUAGCAUUGCUGCCCGAGAUCCUGCGCAUGUCCGAACUUAAUGAUAGCUCUGAAUUGCAGAAGUACAGUAACGCCGUCCUGUACGUUCUAUCAGCUGUAGAUCCGCCAGCCGAAUACGUCGACGUAAUCAUGGGGAACUUCAUUCAAGCGAUCGAAUCAUCUGAGUCAUGGCGUGUCCGAUUGCAUGCACUACCCACGCUGUUAGUAUUCUACUAUCGAAACCUGAUGGGCAUCUCUGGGGUAGUCGUGUCGAAGUUGAUGAUGGUCUUGCUGGAAUGUCUGGCCGAUGAGAAUGUGGAAGUUCGAGAAACUGCCUCCAAGAUGUUGUCCAAUGUCGUCAGGUGUUCCCAACGCCAAAGCAUCGUCUCUUUGAAGGAUCACUUCGUGGCUCUCGCGCGAAAAACUCGGCUGCCGAGCCGACGCGACCCAACAUAUACGGACUCGCUGCGAUAUUUGCACUCGGCUGUUCUCGGCUUAUGUGCAUUGAUUGAAAGUUUCCCUUACUCGGUUGAGCCUUGGAUGCCUCCGCUCACUGAUGUGCUUGCGCUGCAUGCCACAGAUCCGGCGCCUAUCUCCACUACCAUACGAAAGUGUGCUUCGGACUUCAAGAAGACCCAUCAGGAUACAUGGCAUAUAGAUCAGGUCGCGUUCAAUGAAGAUCAAUUGCAAAAUCUAUCCACUAUGCUCGUCGGGACUUCAUAUUAUGCUUGAUGCGUGGCGGUUCUUGCCUUCUUGGACGGACUGUACGUUAGAUGCUUCUCGGAGUAUAAUUGUAAGGUAAUUUGUGCUGUACAUGAUGUUAUUCAUACGCCAUAUCAAUGACGACGUCGCACUCUUCAUCUAACUAAUCGUCCUAGACGUGAGAGACUCCGUCAGGGUCUAUUCACUCGUCUGUAGUUCUUGAAUCAAUAGCAACCCAGCUUUGCAAAGGCCGAG